AUGGAUCAGAACCCAUCUCUGACCCCACUGCAGUCACGAGAGCUCUAUCCCAAACCCUCCAUCUCUGUGAGCCCCAGGGAGGUAAUGGCCAUGGGGUGCACCGUGACCAUCCAGUGUGACAGCAGGAGCUACACCUGCCGUUCUGGCAGCACGUCACAACCCUUUGUCUGGUCAGAUCCCAGUGACCCUGUGGAGCUGGUGGUGAGAGGUGGAAACGACCUCACUGGGCUUGAAACAUCACCAUAUCCAAUCAGCCCAGGGCCCACACGGACAGCCCUCACGAGGCGCCUGGAUUUCACCUGGGGCAACAUCCUCCGUCUGGGCCUGGUCGCCGGGGUUCUUCUGGCCCUGGUGCUGAUCAUGGCCAAGGCUGGUUACUGCAGGAAGGAGACCUCAGGGGAGCCUGGAUCCAGCCAUGCAGAGACGAAGAUCUCCCUCGGGGAAGAGCCCUAUCUGCUUGGAGGGCUCCACAAGGCACAAAAGCCACUCUCCCUUCCCCCAGGAAAUCCCUGCUUCAGGGAAUCUCACAUUUAUUCCAUGGUGCUCCCAACUCAACAGCCGGACCCCUGGGAGCAAACCCUCAACCCCCGGCACCGAGCACACCAGCUCCUGUGGCACCAGCUAAGGGAGCACCUGUCAGGGCCCCAGGGGGUGGGGAAGCAGGGCCGUAGCAGAGCCCAGUGCAGGGACGGUGCUGCCUAUGUCUGUGGGAAGCCCAGGGUGGGGUGUGGGGAGCUGGGCGCUGUAUAGGGCCCCCUUAAUAAAUAACCCCUUCUCUGCCAGAUUCCCUGCUCCUCCUGCUCCCUGCUGGGGAUAUGACCUGAGACGAUGAGGGAAGUCUGUUAGUGCUUCCUUAGCCAGAGCAUUUACUUCCCGACCUCAGCGGAUGAGCCAGAUCCCUGAGUAUGCCCCGGAGCCAAUGUCAGACUAGGGGGGUGGAGCAGGGCGAGAUUCCCUGAUCAUAAGAAUGGCCAUACUGGGUCUGUUCAGCCCAGUGUCCUGUCUGCUGGGGGGAGCAUGGGGCAGGGAAUCUGGGUGGGGGGAGAAGGGGACAGGAGACACCUCGGGGACAUGUUAGUGCCAGGGCCAUUUCUCCCCAGACUCAGGAAUCGCUCUGAUACCAGAAAAAAGAAAAGGAGGACUUGUGGCACCUUAGAGACUAACAAAUUUAUUUGAGCAUAAGUAUCGAUGAAGUGAGCUGUAGCUCACGAAAGCUUAUGCUCAAAUACAUAUGUUAGUCUCUAAGGUGCCACAAGUCCUCCUUUUCUUUUGGCGGAUACAGACUAACACAGCUGCUACUCUGAAAUCUGAUACCAGAAGGGAUCCGCUGGCCUGAGCCCGGCACUGCCCAGCCCAACAUGUGGCUCUCCGUGCACGUGCAGCCAACCUGCCACCUCCAGGGAAAACAGCCACCUCGGUCAGUGUGUGAGCACGACUCAGCACCCACUUGGGAAUGGGAUGGGGCAAAGAAGAGCCGGAGACAGCCCCUCCUGGACGGGCACUGACACUGCCAUUGCAGUGCAGGGAUCCCAGCACACAACCUGUCCCCCACACAGAGCACCCCAGAACCCCGCAAUCCCUCCCUCCCCAUUGCCAGGCAGGGCUGGGAGCCAGGACCCCAAUCCCCAGGUGAGAAAAGAGUCAGGAGCCUCUGUGUUCAGGGGAAUUGUCUCCACCAAAGCAGAGCAGGGUCCCAGCCAGAAGGGGUGGCUCAGAGAUGUUAUCUCCCAGCAGGGCAAGGCUCCCCAGCACCCCAUCCUGCAGAAUCCCAGCUCCUGAGAUAGAGUGACCGGCCCCCUGUGCAUGGGGACAUGAUGUCUGGCCCCUGGCUCUGAAAUAAAAUCAUUUACUGCUCCCCUAACCCCGGGGCGUCUGUCCUGGUCUCUCUCUGGAGCUUCAGUUCUCUGUUGCCUCAGUCCCUGCAGUAGGGUCUCCCACUCCAUACAUCACCCAGCUCCCUCCCCGAGCUCUCACCCCCUUCCCAGUAGCUGAUCCCAUCUCUGUAGGGAUGGACCCUACUGUCCUGGAUCCCAUCUUCCCCCUUGGACCUUCUCCCCAGCUCCCCUGGGCCCUGCUGGGUCACCAGGAGGAUUUUCCUCCAGCCCCUGCAAGCAUCUCCAUCACCCCUCCUCAGCCUGGGGGGGGGAUCUCCCAGCACCCCAGUCUCUGAAGAGCCCCCAGAAUUCUCCCAGAAUUUCCAGAGCAUUCUCUGCCCUAUAUAUCCCCUGGGUGGCUCCUGCCCCUACCUAUGGAGCUGCUCCUCAGGCCAUUGGCGGCAGAAUUGUUCUUCCCAACCCUGCUGAACCAUGGCAGCAUGAGCUGGUGGGGGAGGGGGGUGACACUCUGUACCUCGGGGGAACAUCCUACACCCCCAUGUUCAUUCUUGUAAAAUGACUGUGUGGUAUCCAAUCCAAAGUUUGUUAUGUUGGGUAUCUUUGGAAGGCUCAUGAUGUACUGAGCAUGGUUGUUACAGUACCGCUAUAGUAUGUUAUAGGUUAUAAUUUCAUGUAUUUAGUUAUGAGGCUGAAAAUGUAUCCUUGUGGCUUAAAAUAAGCCCAGGCAAAAACUCCACAAGAGCAGAAAGGCAAUUCACACUUCAUCAGGGC